AUGAGCAGCACCAUCACCAACGGCAUCAAAGGAUGGGACUAUACCCAGUCAAGCGAGCAAGAUGGGGAGAGACAAACUAGGACUCGAAGAAGAGCUGACAAGAAGAGUAGUGUUUCUGAUGAGAUUGUUUUGCGACGACAACUGGAUCAAUUGGAAGUAAAAACUGGGUCAACCAUUUUGGUAUCUUCCGGAGACUCGACAUCAAUUGCAAUUAUCAAAGAAAUCAGAUUUGGUAUUAAUCAGUUUAUCGAAGUAUUUGUAAUCUGGUUCUGUACAAAAGAUGAAGUAGAACAGAUCCCGCAAGAUGUCGAUGUGGUCAACAAUGAAAUUUUUCUUACACCUUACCUCGACGAAAUCCAAUUGGGAAAUAUAAUCAAUAAAGUCACAGUGCUUCCAGUAAAGGAUUUCGAAGGAAUAGUUAUAGACGAAUCAACAAAAGAUACGACAUUUAUGUGUCGACGAGCCACAAAUGAAAAAGAGAAAAUAACAGAACCGUUUGAUUUUGGAGACAUGAUGCAGAAUUUCCACAAAAAUGCCGAUCAAUUUGUUGAUGUUGUUAAGAAAAUGCUUUUCAAUAGGAAAAAGUUGCAAGAACAACCACAGAAACAACAACAACAACAAGAGGAAGAGAAAGUACUGGAUGAAAUGGGAAACAAGAAAGGUGGAGCUAUAAGAAAGCAAAAGAGAAAGCACGAGGAAAUCGAGUCUAACGAUGAUGCAGUGGACACACCCCAAUUAGAAGAAAUAGAAGAGUCAGAUCUUAACUCACUGGAGUCGGCAGUGGUUGAAUCAUCAUCAUCAUCAUCAGAGGAGGAAGUCAAACUGGAUGAAAGUGAUGCUUCCGAUUUUGAGCGAGAAUCGUCAUCGACUUUAAAGAGCAAAACUAAAUCACGAACAGAGGGCACACGUGGUAGUGGACGUGGUGGUAGUCGUGGUGGUAGUCGUGGAAAUAGUCGUGGUGGUGGACGUGGUGGUGGACCUGCUUUUAUAAACCGCAAGUCACCAUUGAAAAAGGCUAAAACAAUAAUCACUGCUCCCGAUCUAGAAGCUGAAACUCAUUCAGAGCAAACACCAAUAGACGAAAUAUACUCCAUUGUUACACCAAAGAAAAAAAUGAGAAUCAUUGCAAAUCAAAGUCCUCUACCUUCAUUUACAUCACCUACAAAGAAAGGUCUGUUACUUGAUCCCAAGUCGGAAGCUUUCCAUCAACUUAAACAAAAAUUACACACUUCACAUCGUUUGGAUGCCCUUCCAGGCCGAGAAGAUGAAUUUAUGGCAAUUUGGGCCAAUCUUGAAAGCGCAAUAAACGAAGGGAGCGGGUGUUGUGUAUACGUGAGUGGUGUUCCGGGGAUGGGGAAAACAGCAACAAUCAAGGAAAUAAUCCGUCAAAUGACAGAAGUGGCCGAUAUGGGUGAAAUGCGGAAAUUCAGUUUCUUGGAAAUCAAUGGAUUGAAACUUUUGUCGUCAACAGCAGCAUAUGGUAUGCUUUGGCAGCAUAUAAGUGGCGAUCGAGUUACUGAUAGUAAUGCUGCUGUUUUGUUGGAAGAAUAUUUCAAAAACGAUAAACCAAAGGAACCACUAGUUGUGCUCAUGGAUGAAUUGGACCAGGUUGCACAAAAGCAACAGAAUGUCAUGUACAAUUUUUUUAAUUGGCCCACGUAUAGUACUUCGAGCUUGAUUGUUAUUGCUGUUGCAAACACAAUGGAUUUGCCUGAAAGAAUGCUUUCCAAUAAAAUCUCAUCUAGAAUGGGGUUGCGCAGAAUCCAGUUUAAAGGAUAUUCUUUCCAUCAACUAGGAGACAUCAUUAGACAUCGGCUAAGCAGCCUUGUUAAGCAUAGCAAGUAUAAAGUAACCAUAGUUGAUGAUGCAAUUGGUUUUGCUGCUAGAAAAGUUGCUGGUGUUAGUGGUGAUGCAAGACGGGCAUUGAAUAUAUGCAAAAGAGCAGUUGAGAUUGCCGAGCAAGAGUUUUCAAAACAAGAACUGGAUAAUUAUGCUGUGACUACUCAGCACAUAUCGAUGGCCAUAGUUGAGAGUGUUAAGUCUCCACUUGCACAAUACAUCAAGUCGUUGCCAUUUGGUGCGAAAUUGGUGCUUGCAGCAUUGUUGAAGCGAAUGAGACGUAGUGGGUUUGCCGAGAUACCUCUUGGUGAUAUAAUUGAGGAGAUGAAGAAUAUGAUGGUCAUGACCACUUCUAACCCGUUUGAGACAGAUACUACAAUGCAUGAUAUCUUGUAUGCUAAAGAAAGUCUUUCAAGAAUAUACAACUUUGACUAUGUCUUGGCGUCUCUUGUUGAUGCCGGAUUGAUAAGCCAACAGAAUGCAGCAAGCGAAAGAAAAAGACUAUUGAUGUUAAGUGUUAGUGAAGAAGAAGUGGUUUCUGCAAUGAAGCGAGACAAUGAGAUUUCUCAAUAUUUAUAG